ACGCUGUUCACUGAGAUGGACACACUCCAGCACGAUGGAGAAGAGAUGGAGUGGAAAGAGUCGGCCAGGUGGAUUAAGUUUGAAGAGAAGGUGGAAGACGGAGGGGAGCGAUGGAGCAAGCCGCACGUGUCGACCUUAUCCCUGCACAGCCUCUUCGAGCUGCGCACUUGCCUGCAAACGGGCACCGUGCUGCUCGACCUGGACGGCUACUCCUUGCCGCAGAUAAUAGAUGAUGUCAUCGAGAAGCAGCUCGAAGAUGGCCUGCUCAAGCCGGAGCUACGGGAGAAGAUCAGCUUCGUGCUGCUGCGGAAGCACCGCCACCAGACCAAGAAGCCCAUCCACCGAUCGCUGGCCGAUAUCGGCAAAUCCGUCUCAAAUACGAACCGCAGCCCCACCCGGAGCCCAGCGACGGGGGCCAGCUUCCACCGCUCCUCCGAAGACCUGAGGAUGAGGCAGAGCGCCAGUUAUGGGCGAUUGCGCCAUGCCCAGAGCAGGAGUAUGAAUGACAUCACAGAAACACCAAGCACCGACCAGCUCAAAAAUAAGUUCAUCAAGAAGAUCCCCAAAGAUGCGGAGGCCUCGAACGUGCUGGUGGGAGAAGUGGAUUUCCUGGACAAGCCCUUUGUGGCCUUCAUCCGGCUCACGCAGUCGACCAUGCUGGGCGGGGUGACAGAAGUGCCCGUCCCGACACGAUUUCUCUUUAUCCUGCUGGGCCCCACUGGGAAGGCCAAAUCCUACAAUGAAAUCGGUAGAGCCAUCGCCACACUCAUGGUAGACGACCUCUUCAGCGAUGUCGCCUACAAGGCCAGAGACAGAGACGACCUGAUAGCAGGCAUAGACGAGUUCCUGGACGAGGUCAUUGUCCUUCCGCCUGGAGAGUGGGACCCGAGCAUCCGGAUAGAGCCCCCCAAGAAAGUGCCGUCUGCGGAGAAAAGGAAGUCUGUGUUUUCACUGAGCGAAGUGGGGCAGAUGAACGGCGCGGCUGGUGGAGCAGGUGCCGGCGGUGGCGGGGCAGGCGGAGGGGGCGGCAGUGAGGAUGAGGAGAUGCCGGCGGUGCAUGAAAUUGGAGAAGAACUCGUCUGGACCGGGAGGUUUUGCGGCGGCCUGUACUUGGAUAUCAAGAGGAAGCUGCCCUGGUUCCCCAGUGAUUUCUACGAGGGCUUCCACAUCCAGUCCAUCUCGGCCAUCCUCUUCAUCUACCUGGGCUGCAUCACGAACGCCAUCACCUUUGGCGGGCUGCUGGGGGAUGCCACAGAGAACUACCAGGGCGUCAUGGAGAGCUUCCUCGGGACCGCCAUGGCCGGCUCCCUCUUCUGCUUCUUCGCUGGGCAGCCCCUCAUCAUCCUGAGCAGCACCGGGCCCAUCCUCAUCUUCGAGAAGCUGCUCUACGACUUCAGCAAGGGCAACAGCAUCGACUACAUGGAGUUCCGCCUCUGGAUCGGCUUGCACUCCGCCCUGCAGUGCCUGAUCCUGGUGGCCACGGACGCCAGCUUCAUCAUCAAGUACAUCACGCGCUUCACUGAGGAGGGCUUCUCCACCCUGAUCAGCUUCAUCUUCAUCUAUGACGCCAUCAAGAAGAUGAUCGGCGCCUUUAAGUACUACCCCAUCAAUUCAGACUUCAAGCCGGACUACGUGACCAUGUACAAGUGCGAGUGCAUUGCGCCCGACCCAGUGAAUACAACAUUGUUCAAUGCUUCAGCUCCGCUGGCACCAAACAACACUAACAUUUCUGUGUAUAACCCUAUUAAUGUAACAGCCUUGGACUGGACUCAGCUGAGCAAAAAGGAAUGCCUGAAGUAUGGCGGAAGCUUGGUGGGGAAAUCCUGCAAAUUCGUCCCCGAUCUGGCCCUCAUGUCUUUCAUUCUCUUCUUUGGGACAUACUCCAUGACACUGACUCUGAAAAAGUUCAAAUUCAGUCGCUACUUUCCAACAAAGGUCAGGGCCCUGAUUGCUGAUUUUUCCAUUGUCUUCUCCAUCCUCUUCUUCUGUGGAAUAGAUGCCUGUUUUGGACUGGAUACUCCCAAGUUGCAUGUGCCCAGUAUAAUUAAGCCCACCCGCGUGGACCGAGGAUGGUUCGUCUUCCCCUUCGGGAAGAACCCUUGGUGGAUCUACCUGGCCAGCGCCCUUCCGGCCCUCCUGGUGACCAUCCUGAUCUUCAUGGACCAGCAGAUCACGGCUGUCAUCGUGAACAGGAAGGAGCACAAGCUGCGGAAAGCAGCCGGCUACCACCUGGACCUCUUCUGGGUGGGCAUCCUCAUGGCCGUGUGCUCCUUCAUGGGGCUCCCAUGGUACGUGGCAGCCACGGUCAUUUCCAUCGCGCACAUUGACAGCCUGAAGAUGGAGACGGAGACCAGCGCACCGGGAGAACAGCCCCAGUUCCUGGGGGUGAGGGAGCAGAGGAUCACGGGCAUCAUCGUGUUUGUCCUGACGGGGAUCUCCGUCUUCCUGGCACCCAUCCUCAAGUACAUCCCAAUGCCGGUGCUGUACGGGGUCUUCCUCUACAUGGGCGUGGCCUCCCUGAACGGGAUCCAGUUCUGGGAUCGCUGCAAGCUCUUCCUGAUGCCAGCCAAGCACCAGCCCGACUACGCCUACCUGCGGCACGUGCCCCUGCGGCGGAUCCACCUGUUCACCGCGGUCCAGAUCGUCUGCCUGGCCGUGCUCUGGAUCCUGAAGUCCACUGUGGCCGCGAUCGUCUUCCCGGUGAUGAUUUUAGCUUUGAUUCUAGUCCGAAAGAUGCUGGACUUCGUCUUUUCCCAGCACGACCUGGCGUGGAUUGACAAUAUCAUUCCUGAAAAGGAUAAGAAGACAGAGGAGGACAAGAAGAAGAAGAAGAAGAAGAAGAAGAAAGGCAAUCAAGGCGAGGAGGACAGCAGUGAUGAGCCCAAGUUCCCAACUCCCUCUGUUAUAACAAUCCCACUGGAACCCCAAAACCGUAUCCAUUCCGUUUCCCGUCCCUUUCGGCUUUCCAGCGGGCAGGGUGCUGCAAGUCCCGGCAGCAUAGCGUCGUACGAGCGAGCAGCAGCCCCACUUUACGCCCAGCACACCGCAAGAUGCCCCAAGCCACGCCCGCCACCUUCCUCGGAGCUAGGAGGACGCCGGGUUAGCUCCUGUGGCCGGUCGUCUCACGACCGCACUCAGCCGCAGCCAUGCCACCUCGGGUUCUUUCGUGAAGCACCCAAGGCGGCGGAGAAGCAAAGCCCCGGGGGGCAGGCCUGCGAAAGCGACACGCUCUGGCCCCUGCAUAUUACACUUCACCUGAAGAUUUCCUGCCCAUCUUCUCCUGCCUUUAAUUACUCCCGAAACCCCAUCUGUGCUGUGCCCCAGGUGAAGAUAGAGAUGGAGUCAGAUUAUGACGAUACUGACACCGAAAAACACCCUCGGGACAUGGGCAGCGAGACCACCCUAUAG